UAUUUUUUUAAUAUCGAUAUCAUUUCAUAUUAACGAAUGUUAUUGUUUAUAAUUUCAUAUUUUAAUUUUGCAAUAUUUUGAUAUACAUUAAAUCUGAACUUUCUAUUUCAAUAUUCUAAUUCGAAAUUACAAUGAACACUGUAUAUCCUGAUAAAAAAGAAAUAGAAUUUCGCUCCACAAAUUAUUCAGAUAUUUUAUGUGUUUGGAGAAAUGAAAUGACAUGUACAAUAUGCACUACCAGUUUAAAAAAUGAAAUUAUUGUGAAAAAAAUGAUAUUCGUCCAUAAAACUUUUUUAACUCUUUGUUGUUAUAACUGUUUCUAUAAAUUGUGUGAAGGAAAUGAAUAUUGUUGUAUUUUAUGUCAGUCAAAUGAUGGUCUAUCAUGUUGUUCUUUAUGUGGUCUCAAUGUUUGUUAUCGUUGUGCAAAAAAUCAUAAACUUCCAAAAAAUGAUAAAAAUUGUUUAAUUAAAUGUUUUAACUGUGCUCCACAAACUUUAUGGAGUAAUAGAGCUAAGACUGUUAUUGCAUUGAAAGUGUUUUCUUCUCAAUUACAUUUAUCUCGCGGACUAAUAGUUAAUGAAACUGAAGAUGAACAACUUGUUAGAAAAUACUUAAUUAAUGAAGCUAAAACUAGUUCUAAAAAUAUAAAUAAUAUUAAAGAUAUUAUUUGUUUAGAACAUUUAAGUGAUUCAUUCAAAUUAGUCAUAAAUGAAACUUUAUUGGAAUUGGAAAAUCAAUUUAAUGAUAGUACCGAGUCUCAUGAAGAACACUUAAAUAAUUUUAUUCACACAUGUGAAAAAGUAUUGGAAAAUGCAUUUUCCACAUUGAACAAUGUUAAAAAAAUAUAUAAUAUAAAAACUCACUUUAAUCCCAUGGUACUAUCUAUUAUCAAGUCUAUAUUAAAACCGGUUGAGGAAAAUAUUGAUAAUACAGUAAAUAAAACUCCGAGUAGAAAAAAAAGCAUAACAAAUAUUUCUGUAGAAAAUGAACAUGCAAUACAAGAAAAUGACACAAAUGCUUCUCUACAGGAGAAUGAGAAUCAGGAUAAAAGUAGGGAUGUUUUUGUUGUUAUAGAACGACUUGAUGAUGUUUUAUUAGAAAAAGUUUUAAAAAAAAAAAAAAAUCAAUCUUGUGAUGAUAACUCUGAUGAAGAUAGAGACCCAUGUCAUCCAUUAAAUAUGUUUGAUGAAAAUCUCUCUAGUGAGGAGGAUGAGAAAAGUUUCCAAAUUAAGACCAGUACUAAAAUUAUACAAAAUAAAAAAGAAAAUUUCUCAAAAAGUUCAUGUGUAUUAAUUUGUGAAAAUUCAGAUGAUAAAGAAUAUGAUAAGCUUACACGUUUAACAAGUAUUGAAAGAAGCAAAGUCGUCAAAAAUAUAGAAAAUAACUCAAAUGAAUCGGAUUGUUCUGUCAACUCUGUAAACUCUAACAUAAGAAAAUCAUCCUUUGAUGAUAAGGAUUCAUUAAAGAGGCAAAACAGUCAAACUAAUGAUAGCCAAAAAUUGAUGGAAGAUAUAAUAAAUGAUAUUCAAGACACAGAAAUUGGAGAUGAAUCUUUAAACAGCCAAGAAGAACAUAUGCUAAGUCCUAUCCGUAAUAUUUUUUCUGAAGUAAAAAAUACAAUUGAAAUUCCUAAAAUUGACGAAGAAAUGAGUGAUAAUGAAAGUGAAGAUAGUUGUAUACUAGAUGUUGUAGAAUCAUGUAUUAAUGAAUUUAAAAGACAUGGAGUUGAACACUACCUUAAUAAAGAACGAAAUAAAAAUAUAGAAAGUAAAUUAAAUGUUUCACCAGAAAACUCAGAAAUUUAUGAUAAAGAUGAAUCAAGUUCAUCAUCCACCAAUGAAGAACUUAAUAAAAUACGUAAAUUCAAACCUUGUUCCCCCAUUAAUAUUUCAUUAACAACUGAAAGUGAUAGCAACACAGAUACUGAAAAAAUUAAUAAUGGAAGAAAAAGAAAUAAUGGUUACUCUAAUGAUUCAGAUUCAUCAUCAAAAUAUUUUAAACCAUCGCCUAAAAAACGUCGCAGGAUAAAAAAGAAUUCAUUUAGUCACAGUUCCAGUGAAUUUAAUUCUGAUAAAAGUAGUAGAAGUAAUUCACCUAUUAUUUUACGUAUAAAACCUAAAAAUAAUUUGAUAAAAGAUAAUGAUUCAGAUACUAGUGAAGAUUCUACUUCUGAUAGUAAUACAACUUUAUUUCUUUCUCAAAAAAAAAAGCGAAAAGAAAUACGUUCAAUAAUUAAAUCAAAUGAUCUAAGUGAGUCAACUAAAAAUGCCUUAAUAGAAGAAGAUUUGAGAAAAAAGAGAAUUGAAGAACGGCAAAAACUUUACAAUGAAACAUUUGAAAUGCCUUUGCUAACAGGAACUUGUGAUAAUCUGAUUUUAGAUUUUGAUCCAGUUAAUAAAAAAGAACUUGUUACUGUACAUCCAAACUUUGUAAAAUGUUUAAAACCUCACCAAAUUAAAGGUGUUAAAUUUUUAUGGCAAUCUGUAUUUGAAACAUUGGACCAUGCCAAAAAUCACCCAGGAUCAGGAUGUAUAAUUGCUCAUUGUAUGGGCUUGGGUAAAACAUUGCAAAUAAUAACGUUAAUACAUACAUUAUUUUCACAUUCGGAAAUUGGCAUUAAGACAGUAUUGAUUAUUGCUCCACAUUGUACACUUGAAAAUUGGAUUAGAGAAUUUGAUAAAUGGCUACAAGAUAUUCCUGGGAGAAGUAUACCAAUUAUUAAUUUAGCCGAUUCCAAAACUUACAUCAGUAGAGCUAAUGCAAUACAAGAGUGGACUAACGGUUAUGGAGUUCUAAUUGCAAGUUAUAACAUGUUUAGAUCUAUUGUUAAUUUUAAAGAUGUCGAAAAAAAAUAUCCAUCUAUUAUAAGUGGACUUCUAGAUCCAGGUCCUGAUUUAAUAAUCUGUGACGAAGGUCAUUUAUUAAAAAACCAUGAAUCUUUACUUUCAAAAUCAUUUAAAAAAUUGAAAACUCGUCGAAGAAUUGUUUUAACGGGAACUCCAAUGCAAAAUAACCUAAAAGAGUAUUAUUGUAUGGUUGAAUUUGUAUUCCCUAAUAUAUUAGGAACAAUGAAAGAAUUUACUAAUCGUUUUAUAAAUCCUAUAACCAAUGGACAAUAUUCAGAUUCUACACUUCAUGAUGUAAAAUUAAUGAAACGAAGAUCACAUGUGUUACAUAAAAUUUUAAAAGGAAUUAUACAAAGAUUUGACUAUAGUGUUCUUACACCUUUUUUGCCUCCUAAACAUGAAUAUGUUAUUUAUUUAAAACUAUCAGAACUACAAAUCAAAUUAUACAAACACUUUUUGGAUAAUCAUAGACAACCUGAUUUAUUUACAAAUUUUUUUAUUCUUAAGUUGAUAUGGACUCAUCCAAAACUACUAUCAAUCCAUGUCAUGAAUGUAAAGAAAAAAAUUGAAAAACAAAAAUAUAAAGAACUGGAAGCUCAAUUUUUGAAUGAUGAAUCAGAUAAAAGUGAUUUAGAAGAAGGAAUAGAGGAAAAUGCAGGUGAGAAACUUCUUUCAGUUUUAGAAUUGAAUAAAACAAGAGGCACAGAUUUAGAUCCUAACUGGUGGAAACCUUUAAUACCAAAAAGAAGUAUGCUUAAUUCUGUACAUCCAUUUUCAAAAUUUAUUAUGAUGUUUGCAAUACUGAAAGAGUGUGAAGAAAUAGGAGAUAAAGUAUUGUUAUUCAGUGAGUCUUUGUAUACUCUUGAUUUAAUUCAAGAAUUUUUGGAAAAUACUGAAGAUAUUCAUGAUCAAGCUGGUCCUUAUGGAAACUCGUGGAUUCAAGGGGAAGAUUUUUUUAGAGUUGACGGAAAUGUCUCAGUCAAAAUUAGAGAAGAAUGUUGCCAAAAAUUUAAUGAUAUUUCCAAUACUAGAUUACGUCUUUUACUGUUAUCUACAAGAGCAUUUAAUUUGGGAAUAAACUUAGUUGCUGCUAACAGAGUCAUAAUAUUUGAUGUUACUUGGAAUCCAUCAUUAAAUGUGCAAAGUAUAUUUCGUGUAUUCAGAUUCGGACAAACCAAGCCAUGUUAUGUGUAUAGAUUAGUUUCAGAGGGAACUAUGGAAGAAAAAAUGUAUAAUCGUCAAAUUUCAAAAUUAUCUAUGGCUUUCAGAGUUGUUGAUGAACAUCAAAUUGAUAGACAUUUCAAUGCAAAAGAUCAAGAUGAACUAUAUGAAUUUGAUCCAUGUACUAGUAAACCUAAAACACAAAUUUUUCCCAAAGAUCGCUUAAUGCAAAAUUUAAUUUAUGGUUAUAAAGAUAUUAUAAUAAAUGUUUUGGAACAUGAUUCAUUAUUGCAAAAUAAUGAAGCAGAAGAACUAGAUCAGAAUGAUCAAGAAGCUGCAUGGGCCGAAUAUGAAAAUGAAAGACAAGGGAUCAACCUACAAUUUCAAAAUUCUUUUGGAUUUCAAAACUCUGUUUUUGAUAUACAAGGGCAAAACCAACAUUACCAAAACCGAACACAAGUUAGAGCAACACAUAUACAGACUUCUAGAGAAGAUGAACAGUUAUUUAAUUCAUUAAAGUCUUUAUUUCCACAAGCUAGCCUAAUACAAUUGAAUGAAAUGUUAAAUCAAGUUAAAUCAGCAAAAAAUAAUUUUCAAUAAUUUGUUAAUUCAUUGUGUUUUGUAUUAUUAUUCUAUUUUAUAAAAGUUUGUUUUUUUCUUCAUCUAAUAAAAUAAUUUUAAAUCAA